CUUCUGCAUGGAUUUUAAAUCCAAAAUCUUUUAAAUUUUAAAUCAGAAUUUAAAAUAUUAGAAUGUACUACGGUGGGUGGGAAGUUGCUCGCUAAGUCUGUAGCGUGUUAAGUUUUUAAUAACGAAAACAUAAAUUUCCUUUAUUAUGUAACCUUAGGGAAUUACGGGAGAAUAUAUCACUCUCACAGACAACAGAUAUAAACUGCGAAGUAGUUCAGGGCCAUACAAUGGCCCUGAAGAAGAUUACACGAAAAGUGCAUCCUGUACUUUUCUUCGGCACGAUGAUCAAUUUGUUUGUGUCUAUUUUCAAUGUAGUCUAUAUUCAAAAAAGUAUAUCUAACAUGAUGGAUAACGACAGACCUCGUGUUGAGCGAUCGACACGAACUCAUCCCAUGCUGAAGACUGGAGAUAACUCUAUCACUGACAAGAAUUACUACAUCCUUGCCGCAAGUUUAGGAAAAACAUCAACUAAACUCAGAGUCUUAUACCCGAAAGGGGUAUUUCUCAGAACGAAGGGCGGGAUUGGAAACCAGCUCUACCAAUAUGCCUGCCAUUACGCACUCGCUAGAAAACAUAACGUCCCCUUGUACAUCGAUCAACGCAACCAACGAGCCCAACACAAGACACGGAAUAUGUCCGUUGAAGAUAGAUCCUUUGUACUUGACUCAUUUAAUGUCCCCUUAUUCCCCUGGAACACAAUCGAUGAGACGUGGCCGCUGCCCAACAUUGUGGACAUCACUGACUCCGACCUACUUUCAGGUUCCUAUAAUUCUACCUCGUUUCGAGACUCUUUGGUCAGUCUACACGUGACCAAUUUCUGUCAGUCUGAAGCCUACUUUGCCCAAUAUCGAGACGAAUUACGGCUUUUCUUCACACUGAAAGACGGUAUCCUAACUGAGGCGGCAAAGUCUUGGGCAGAAUUUAUCAAAACUGCGGGAAAUAUAGGGGAAACAGUAGCUAUUCAUAUUCGACGUGGCGACUUUGUCUCGUACAACACCACAACCCCGUUAUCAUUCUUUACUACCGCGAUAUCUAGUCUCCGGGAGCAAUUGAUAAGCCGAAAUAAUAAAGAUAUCCCGAUUUCUUUAUUUAUAUUCUCUGAUGACGCAAUUUAUGUUAGAAAUGUAUUUCUAAAAGCUUUACGCGAGACUGAAGGAAUUUAUAAUAUUCAUAUAGUUUCAGAUCCUAGCAAGUUUACGAGUUUAGAAGAAUUAUAUAUGUCUACGAAAUGUAAGAAUUUUGUCAUUCCGAACAGCACUUUCGCAUGGUGGGCGGCUUACUUGGCCAAGCAUCCGAACAAAAUUGUGUAUGCUGCGCAUCUAACGACGGAACAUGUUAAAUGGCUCUACGUGACAGAAAGUCUUGAAAGACAGCAGUUUUAUUUGUGGCAAUACAAGCACAUUUACUAUCCGAGCGGGUGGAACGCUAUUUAUCCGCCUUCACUACUAUAGUGGGAAAAUACAUGUGAAUCUAUAGUAUGCAUGACACUCAAAGAAAUCCGGUGACAAAUGUGAUUCUACCGGCUCUGGUGAUUACACCAGAGUCGGUAUUACACUCCGUACCACCAAGCGAGUUGUGGGCUGUUGCCACCUAAUGACUCCACUAUAAUCGAGCGGUGACAUUAUGUCCAUCGAGUCAUGUAUGUAUAGUCACCGGUCAGUCAUAAUCCGGUGGUCAAAUUUCUUAGUGUUUGCAAUAUGUUCUUAUGUCUACAAUCGAAUCGAUGUAUGUAUGUAUAUGUAUGGUCUGCUGUAUCCUCAGAUAAUCCCUCUGCUCAAAAUAGCUACUAACUUGCGUAUUAUACUCAUUCUAGCAUUUAAGUACUGUCUUCCCAUUCUAGCCAGACACCUGAUGUGCAUAAAUCUUCGUACAUUUUAGUUAUUUGGAAAUUCUAUAUAAAAGAAACACCCGCAACUUUCGCGAACGUGUCCGCUACAUCGUUUUGAAACAUUUUUUUGCCAACACUUUCUCCUGGUUGAAUGUCAGCCGAUUUGGGGAGCCUGCCCCCCAGCGCAACGAAAACAUAAUUCGCCCAUCAAAAAGUAAUAAUCCGCCCGAUUAUGAAAUUAGCCCCAUUUGCCUAUCGGAUGGAUAGAUAUCACAUGGGCAAAAGUACAUCUAAAUAACUAUAUACAUAUUUAUAUCCCCGUUGUUCGAAAAUAAUAAUUGGACCUCCAAUCCUUGUAACGGACAACGGUUAAAUACCUGUAAAUUUACGGAUAAUCAUAAUGUACAGAUAUGUUUCUUAUAAUUGUGAUUCACCGAAUAUACAUUCGCCGGCAUGCAUUUGCUCAUACAUUUUGUUUAUUCAUUGGAACAUACAUUGUAUUCGUAAGUAUUAUUAUUAUCAUCAUCAUUUAGAAAAUUGUAAAAGGACUUAAACAUUAUCAUGUAAGUAUAUGUAAUUUCACUAUUACUGGAUGGAAAAUAAUAAAUUAUGGUUUGACAAUUA